AUGGUGGAGCAGCAAGUGAGGAAGCUGUGGGCAGGACAUCCAGAGCUGAAGGGGGAAGAAAUGGGAAAAGAAGCCGUGAGAGGACCCGAGGCGGAUGUGAGGAGCAUACCAGCAGAUGCGGCGUGUAACCAGGGGCAAGGUGACCUAUGGGUCGCUCGAUGGGAAGGUCCGGUGAGGGACCCGGCCAAGAAGCAGGAAGAAGCAGCGAGGGAGAGCAAGGAAGAGGGGGCGUGGGAGUGCCUGACAAUAGGAGAAGGACUGGAGCAUACAGUGGGAGAUGCAAUGAGUAAGAAAGAACAAAAGGCCGUGAAGACAGUAAAGGGGAUUAAGGGAGAGACAUGGGAAGAUGAGUCGAUGGAGCCAGCAACACAGGUGCUGACAGAACCAGCGGGAAUGAGAGUGGCUGAGAACUGGGUGGCAUGGGACAGGGAGCAUACCUGCAGAGAGGGAUAUGCUGGAAUGCAGCCCAUGGGCACGGGCACAGUGAGGCAGAGGGGAGGCAGCAUGGGGGGGACAGUGAAGGCAGCAGCACUUAGCUGUGUCUUUUCCCCUUCCCUGCGUCCUUCCCCUUUUCCCUCCCCCAUGGCCAUUUCGGUCCCCCAGUCCAUGGGCACAGGCACGGUGAGGCAGAGGGGAGACGCCAUGGGGGGGACAGUGAAGGCACGCUCUGCACCAUCCGCCUAUGCUGAUGAUGAUGAACCUGGUGGGUGCCAAUUGUGGUGGUGUGGGACUGGCAUAGGUGGUGUGGUGACUGGCAUAGGUUGUGUGGUGACUGGCAUAGGUGGUGUGGUGACUGGCAUAGGUGGUGUGGUGACUGGCAUAGGUGGUGUGGUGACUGGCAUAGGUGGUGUGGUGACUGGCGUAGGUGGUGUGGUGACUGGCAUAGGUGGUGGUGUGGCGUGGCGUAGGUGGUGUGGUGACUGGCGUAGGGGGUGUGGUGACUGGCGUAGGUGGUGUGGUGACUGGCAUAGGUGUGUGGUGACUGGCAUAGGGGUGUGGGUGACUGGCAUAGGUGGUGUGGUGACUGGCAUAGGUGGUGUGGUGAGUGGCAUAGGUGGUGUGGUGACUGGCAUAGGUGGUGUGGUGACUGGCAUAGGUGGUGUGGUGACUGGCAUAGGUGGUGUGGUGACUGGCAUAGGUGGUGUGGUGACUGGCAUAGGUGGUGUGGUGACUGGCAUAGGUGGUGUGGUGACUGGCAAAGGUGGUGUGGUGACUGGCGUAGGUGGUGUGGUGACUGGCGUAGGUGGUGUGGUGACUGGCAUAGGUGGUGUGGUGACUGGCGUAGAUGGUGUGGUGACUGGCAUAGGUGGUGUGGUGACUGGCAUAGGUGGUGUGGUGACUGGCAUAGGUGGUGUGGUGACUGGCGUAGGUGGUGUGGUGACUGGCAUAGGUGGUGUGUGA